AUGUCGUCGCCGGCACUCCCUUUGGGGAUGCCAAACCCGGCUCUGCACAACAUACCAACAGGGGUACCUAAUCGAGGACCUCAAUUGAACGCAGUGUAUAUUGGGAUGGUGGUGCCUGCGACAGUCAUUGUUGCUGUACGACUGGGGUGGAAGUACCAUCAGCCAAAGGGUCUGGGGCUGGAUGACCUCUUCAUAGGUCUUGCAAUUCUCGCGGACUGGAUCCACACAGGUCUUGGUCUUGCUACUGUACAAUAUGGCUUCGGGCACCAUGCUAUCGAUCUCCCCCCAAAUGAUCUCAAAAGGGCGAUCAUGUUCUGGUACGGCUGCCAAAUUGUAUACAAGUUUCUCGUCGCCUUCACAAAACUCGCCAUCAUCUUCCUGUAUCUCCGAAUAUUCGUCCAAUGGAAUCUGAAAAGAUUCGCACAAGUCCUCGCGGGCAUAAUAUUUGUCGGAUCCUUCGCAUUCGCCAUUGCCUCAGUUUUUGAAUGCAACCCCAUACAUAGAGUCUGGGACAGACGGAUACCUGGGAGUUGUUUCAACCUUGGUGCAUCCUGGUAUGCGUAUGCUGCAUUCAAUACGAUAUGCGAUCUCAUCAUCAUCAUUAUGCCGAUGCAGGCGAUCUGGAGGCUGCAACUUAAAUGGACGCAAAAAGUGUCCCUGGCGGCUGUGUUUCUUUUGGGAUGGUUCGUGGUCUUCACGAGCAUCAUGAGAAUAGUCUCACUCCGAGCAUCUGCAAAAUCAAAAGAACCAACCUGGGGCUCGGUCAACGCCACCAUCUGGGCCGAAAUCGAAGGAGGCACGGGCAUCAUCUGCGCCUGUCUCCCCGCCCUCCGUGCCCCAGCCCUGAAGCUAUACCGCUACUGCACGGGUGAAAGCAGCAACGACACGGCCAGCCGGAGCCGGCAGUACAGCGAGUUCCACGAAAUCGACAAGGCGACCGGCAGUCACUACGACGCCGACGGCAACAAGUUCGACAAGACGCACGGCAUCUUCAACAACGCUCCGCCGAAUCGGAAAUCGAAAGUCAUCGACCCUUGGGGCGACGCGAUCCCCCUGUCUACGGCCCAGGCCACGGCUACGAGGGGCAGGACUAGUGAUGAUGAUAGCGAUGAGAGGGUGAUGGGCAUCACGAAGACGGUGGAUUUCAACGUCUCGAAUGUCUGA